GAAAUUUGGCAAUUGUUUUGGCCUUUCUCGAGGCCUGUCUUCGGUCCUUUGCCAUUGCAGCAAUGGAAGAUGAUGAGUUCAAUGUUGUGCUUUGACGCCGAGUAGAAAUUUAGAAUCGCAAACACCAUCUUGGCCUUUAUUUAUGGAAGAAACUGCUCUCCCCGAUUUGCUGGUUUCGCCGACUGGCAUCGAGAAGUAGACGAGCCGCGCUUUCCAAGAGCCGCGGACACCAAGCUAUCAUGGCGGAUCUUAGAAAGUUAAAGACAUCCACUCUCAGCUUGACAUCACUGUGUCAGAUGAAGAUCGUGACAAGUCAGAGUUUCUUGGACGUAUCAAGAUACCUCUGCCAUCGAUCAUACCUGGUGAGACGCGUUGGUACACCCUGAAGGACACCAAGCUGCGCACCAUUUAUAAGGGUCAACUGGAACUGACUGAUUGACCUCAUCUACAACCCGAUUCGCGCUAGCAUCCGUACGUUCAAUCCGUCGGGGAAGAAAUACAUCGAGGAGAGCGAGAAGUUUAGUCGACAGGUGUUGAGUGCCAACAUCACGCGUGUCAUGUCCCUCGUACGCACAGUCAGUGCGUUUGUGGAGUUCAUUAACUCCCUCUUCCUCUGGAAGCACAAGCUGCAGACGUCCUCCGCCUUCCUGAUUUUCGUGGCCGUGGUGUUGACGUUCGACUUGUGGGUGGUUUUCGCCUUCUUGCUGUCAGUCUUCAUGGUGCAAUACUUCCGUAACAAUGUUGGAGCUACCAACCAGACCAGUCCCUAUCAAGUGUCCUCGGAAGAUGCUGUAUCUAGUGAUGACGACGAGGAUCAUGUUAUUCAGGACAAGAAAGGUCUGCGGCAGCGCUUACAAGAUCUGUAUAACAUAUGUCUGACGGUGCAGAACAACUUGGAUAUGGUUGCUGGUUUGGGAGAACGGGUGAAAAAGUGGAGCGAUUUGUUGUCACAGCUGCGGUGAACACGCAGCAAAAGUCUCAGAAGAAAAAGAAGAAGCGUUUAUCCAAGCAUUCUCUUCCAUCAACUGCAGUAGCAGUCAUGUCCAUGCAGCCUGCCCACCUACUGCAGCGGUUGCUGUUGUUGCUGCUGAGGGAGCUGGCGAGCUGGGCCCCAAUCCUGCCCGGUACCUGUACAUGCCGUGCGUGGUGCACCUAUGUACAGUGAAGUGCAGUCACUUGGUGUUCCACUCAUCCACGGCGGUGUAACAGAUACUACCAGCGGGUAUUCGGUGGUGUUGGUAAUGUGCCGGCAUGUCGGACGGUGCCUGUGAGAACUGGCCUAGAUGAUAGCAUGACCAGUGCCACGUACACAAUCCCUUUGUCAGUGUGCUGAGAAAAAGGAGACCCCAGCGCCUCCACCGUGCAGGCGUCUCUAUCUCUGCACGCCGGACUAUGCAAGAGUGCAUGCUUGCUCUCGUUAGGAAUCAGCAUGCCGUCGCUGCGCUUUACAUUGCGUCUGCCUGCUCGCUGCUAUUCCAAACCUGUUGAUAUCUGUCUCUGGCCCACCGUAUGUUUGGUAAAUAGCGUCAACCGUACUGGCAAUCAAGAGUCUUGUCCAGUCCC